GUUAUCUUGUUUGUCAGGCAUUAGAUGUUUAGGAAGCAGCUACUCUGCCAGGCUCUGGGAGUCAGGGUGAAGUAGGGAGGCAAAGUUCCUGCCCUGGGUGCUGUUGCAGAUGAGAUUGGUUGGACUGCUAGGUGCUGCCAGGAAGAUCCCAGAGCUGGAUGGGGAGGGAGGGCCGAGGGCCUCUUGGAACGCACAGCCUUUGAAUCUAGACCUGAAUGGUAGGAAGCCCUGAGCGACGGUGUCUUGGAGAAGAGAAUUUCAACCACAAAGAACAGCCAGUGCAAAGGCCCCACGACAGGAGUAAACUUGGCCCUGCGUCUUCCCAGGUGACCACGCCGGCUUCAGGACAUGCACGGACACAGCCGCAACGGCCAGGCCCACGUGCCCCGGCGGAAACGCCGCAACCGCUUCGUCAAGAAGAACGGCCAAUGCAACGUGUACUUUGCCAACUUGAGCAACAAGUCGCAGCGCUACAUGGCGGACAUCUUCACCACCUGCGUGGACACACGCUGGCGCUACAUGCUCAUGAUCUUCUCCGCGGCCUUCCUCGUCUCCUGGCUCUUUUUUGGUCUCCUCUUCUGGUGCAUCGCCUUCUUCCACGGUGACCUGGAGGCCAGUCCAGGGGUGCCCGCGGCGGGGGGCCCGGCGGGUGGCAGCGGGGCGGCCCCAGCAGCCCCCAAGCCCUGCAUCAUGCAUGUGAAUGGCUUCCUGGGUGCCUUCCUGUUCUCCGUGGAGACACAGACGACCAUCGGCUACGGGUUCCGGUGCGUGACGGAGGAGUGUCCGCUGGCGGUUAUCGCCGUGGUGGUCCAGUCCAUCGUGGGCUGCGUCAUCGACUCCUUCAUGAUUGGCACCAUCAUGGCCAAGAUGGCGCGCCCCAAGAAGCGGGCGCAGACGUUGCUGUUCAGCCACCACGCGGUCAUCUCGGUGCGCGACGGCAAGCUCUGCCUCAUGUGGCGCGUGGGCAACCUGCGCAAGAGCCACAUCGUGGAGGCCCAUGUGCGGGCCCAGCUCAUCAAGCCCUACAUGACCCAGGAGGGCGAGUACCUUCCCCUGGACCAGCGGGACCUCAACGUGGGCUAUGACAUUGGCCUGGACCGCAUCUUCCUGGUGUCACCCAUCAUCAUCGUCCACGAGAUCGACGAGGACAGCCCGCUCUACGGCAUGGGCAAGGAGGAGCUGGAGUCCGAGGACUUCGAGAUUGUGGUCAUCCUGGAGGGCAUGGUGGAGGCCACGGCCAUGACCACCCAGGCCCGCAGCUCCUACCUGGCCAGCGAGAUCCUGUGGGGCCACCGCUUUGAGCCCGUGGUCUUCGAGGAGAAGAGCCACUACAAGGUGGACUACUCACGUUUUCACAAGACCUACGAGGUGGCUGGCACGCCCUGCUGCUCGGCCCGGGAGCUGCAGGAGAGUAAGAUCACCGUGCUGCCCGCCCCGCCACCCCCUCCCAGUGCCUUCUGCUACGAGAACGAGCUGGCCCUCAUGAGCCAGGAGGAAGAGGAGAUGGAGGAGGAGGCGGCUGCAGCGGCUGUGGUGGCCGCGGGCCUGGGCCUGGAGGCGGGCUCCAAGGAGGAGGCGGGCAUCAUCCGGAUGCUGGAGUUGGGCAGCCACCUGGACCUGGAGCGCAUGCAGGCCUCCCUCCCACUGGACAACAUCUCCUACCGCAGGGAGUCUGCCAUCUGACCUCCAGGCCCAGCCACGCCACUGCCCGCAAGAGCCUCUGCCGGGGGUGGGAUGCCAGGACACCCCCUCCACACUCAGGACAGAGCUGACCCUGGCUCCCUGGACCUUCUGGAGGAAGAUGGGGUUUCAAAGACUGGGGGACCCCUUCCUCCUGACUCUAGCACCCAGGCCUGGGAAGAGCUCGGCCCCGUCAGCCUGAGUUCCCCCAGUGCCUACUCCUGGUGGCUCUGGGUCCCGGAUCCACCACUCUUCCCCCACUGACUCUUCACGGACGUGCCCUCUUUGCUCUCAGAACCUUGGGGAAGGUGGCUGGACCGCUGGGUGAGGGACAUCUCUGGGUUUCAGGGCGGGCAGGGGGUGAGUUUUGGGAGGGGGGGAGGGGGGUGCGUUUCUUUUGCAUGACUGUGGCCUGUUGCUCAUGACUUUCUUUUGUAAAUAUCUAUAAAUGGAGACAC